ACUCACAGUACGGAGGGGACGCGACAGGUGUGUGUGUGUAUGGUUGAAAACAGUUAGGACUACAUUACAUUAUCAACAGACACUGCAGAGAUUCUUGCACAGCAGUAUAAUAUACAUAAACAAAGAUUUGUCGACGAGGAUGGGAUUCGAACCCACGCGUGCAGAGCACAAUGGAUUAGCAGUCCAUCGCCUUAACCACUCGGCCACCUCGUCCUCUGAGUCACACCACAUAACUAAUCACACCCCAUAACUACUGUCAUGAAUUUAUUUGGGUUAUGUUAUUCGAGAGAGCAUUUUCAUGAAAGUGCAAGCAAACCAAAUAGCAUAUUUGAACAUACAGUUGUUUGCUACGAACACAAUAAAUGGUCCAGAAGGGCAGUAGCUAGCUACGUGCCCUUCUAUACUAGGGUUUGUGGUAGAAAAGCGUAGACGUGCGCCACAAGGUCGUCACUAGUUACCACAGCCACAAAGUCAUAAACCCCGUCUAUUUAUACAAUGUAUCUGCUUAAAAUCUGAUUUUAAACUGAACCAUAACCACACUGCUUACCUUAUGUCUACCUUUAACAUCAAAAUAAAUUAUGGCCAAAAAGCACGUUUUUGUUUUCAUUAAUUUUUACGAUAUAGCCAACUUUGUGGAUGUGCUAUCUAGUGGAAACCCACCAUUCUCCAAAUGUGUUUUUUAAUGCUAUGAGAUUGACAAAAGUGCAUAUCAUCAAAUAUGAAGGAGGCCCGUGCAAUGAUUUCACUACUGAAAAUCUUAUCUAAUCCUACGGCAGCACUGCGUGAUGUCAACGGCAUGAGACAGUCGAGGAGAGCCCCCCAUAAAUACAUUCCGAAAUGAGCUCCGUGUAACUACUUAGCCACCUAGCAGUGGUCAAUUUUAUACCUACCUGGGGCAUAUUGCUAAAGGAUUUUGCUGUAUGUGGUGUACAUGCAGUGCCCGGGAAUACAUUGCUAUAAGGAAUGUUCCGUGUUUAAAGUGUUGCUCUGGUAAUGGUAGCAGUCUUGCAACUGAUUUUACCUCUCCUUUCUAUCGAAACUGCACGGUAAGCAGCAGCGCUACCGAUACUCUGAGCUUUUCCGGAGCUCUGGCAAGAAAAAUGGCCACUCUGAGAAAAACUCACGGAAAGAGUGUCUCAUGUACUCUCUGUCCACGGGGGCUAUAUUUGAUGCCUGCGGGAAAUACCGUGUGUACAAUAACUUGAUCAACAGCGAUUUCUCCACCAAUCAGAAGAAUGGAGCGGAUGCAAGCUCGCACCAAUUGGCCUUAGCAACGCACACAUCCAUCAACAACUUGCAUCCCCUGGACUCUUUGGUGGAACGUUGGCAGAACCCUCUCUCUGUGGCCAUUUUCCCACAUGGGCAAGAUGCCACGUUUGCCACAGCCGAGGUCAUCGUCCUGCAUACCUUUGAGAUCCGCCAUGUACACAAGAUGCCUGCCACCAAGUCGGAGCUGGCACAGCUGUACCAGGUGGGAGAGGUGCAGCCCUUCUAUGAGAUGCCGUACCCACAGUGCCAGGCACCCACCAACUACUCCAAGUGGGUGAACAGACAUAGCCAAGGCUUGGGGCCCCUGGACGUGACCUAUACGUUUUCCUGGGUGGACCCCUGGGAGCCCUUCUACAUUGGGCUCCGCACUGUGCCCCUGUACGACGGCUUCAGGCAGUACGGCUUUAACCGCAUCAGCCAGGCCUGUAAGCUCCACGUGACGGGCUACGGAUUCUCUGUCCUCAACUCUGCCUUCGUGGUGCACAAAGGGUUCAAAGUUCAUGGCGAGUUCCACAGCAGGAAGGAUGAGGAGAAACGAAGGAGCCGCCUCCUGUUCCGCAGCUUCAAGGAGGGCCUGAAGACCAAGUACCCCUCCUCCCCUCAACGCUGCUGAGGAGACAAGUUGAGAACACUGGUGACUGAUUGACACUAUAGGGUUAAACUAGGGUUUGGCCUGGUUACGCAUUCAUCUUUGUUGCGGGGUAGGACCAUGUGAGAGGAAAAUAUCCAAGCCAGAACAGUACGGUUUGGCCCUAUAGUGUGAAUCAGCGUUGGAUCACAUCUCCCUAAGUACAGGCUAGGUGUUGAUUUGGAGUUCAGCAUUCCUAUGAGUUCACAAUACCUCUGUCCAGCAAGAAAUCAACAAAUUACCAACUGCACUACAACAUAAACAUGAAAUGAUCACUGGUCCCUGAAUUUCUGCUCAUUUGUCCAAGUCGGUCAACCACUAGAUGGCAAUAGUAGACACUUGACUGUAAGGUUUUCACAUCAUCAUCAUCAUAAUCAGCAUUACCUAUGCAUUGACAGUGAGGGUGGGCCUGUCAUUUGUAGUGCCUGCUGAAGACCACAAUUGUUUUUGUAAAUAGACUCAUUGUUCUAUAGAAGCUGGGUUUGGUUGACACUCCCAUAGAGAGAUGUAUGUAGUGGGAAAGAGUGACAGGUGUUUUGAGUCUAACACUGCUGUGAUACCAGUGUGUUAACUGGAAAGGGUUAGUUGUGUUUACCUGCAGGUAUAACAAAACACUGUUGAACGUUUAGAGAAAUUAAAUGUCUAUUUAAUGUAAAUGGUUACUUAUUUAUUAAAGGAUUGGAGUUGUAUGGUUUGCAUUUGUUUGAAGUACAAAUAGUUAAUAUUAUGAACAAAUACAGUUGAAGUCGGAUGUUUACAUACACCUUAGCCAAAUACAUUU